AUGGAGAAUGUUCAGUUUGAAGGGUACACAGGCUGGGUACAAUUUAAUGAUCAAGGUUACCGCACUAAUGCGGAAUAUGAUAUCGACUACUGGUGCAAAGAUGAAAAUGGGACCACCAUUAGAAUGCUUUUAGCCGAAUUCCAUAACAACAAACUGACUGUAAACCAUACAGGCUGGCCACCUGUAGAGAAAACGCUAGAUGUUCUGGAAUUAAAACUUGCAAAAAAUAUACCAUUGAGGAUUUCAGUUUACUUACAAGAGCCGUAUGUUAUAAUGAACAAAAACCCUGCUCAGAACGACUCGGACGAAACUUGUGCGUUAGGCUGGCCUUGUGUGGGACUUGAUGGGACAUAUUCAUGCUGUACUGGCUAUUGUAUUGAUCUGUUGAAAUUACUCAUGAGAGAUGUUGGAUUUUCAGUCAGAAUUGAAGUAGUUAAGGAUGGAAAAUAUGGUGCAUUGAAUCAUACAACAGGGCAAUGGUCAGGACUGAUAGGUGAGGUUGACCGCCGUGAGGCAGAUAUCGCCGUUUCAGAUCUUACUAUCAAUGAACAACGUUCGAAGGUAGUCGACUUCACACAUCCAUAUAUGGAUGCAGGCAUGGCUGUUUUAGUAAAGGUGGCUCGUCGUGGUAAAAGUAACUGGACUGGUUUCAUGGAUCCUUUUGAUGCAAAAUUGUGGAUUGCUCUUAUUGUAUGUGUCAACACUGCACUGAUUAUUAUGUGGCUAUUAGAGAGGUAUAGUCCUUAUGGUCGGUUGGAACGUGGAAAGGUUUUGAAAGAGAGUAAAGAGUAUUCUUUCGAUUUUGUUCAAACUAUCUGGUUUACAUGGAGUCUGGUUUUUCAAACUUUCGAUGUUGGUUCCAAGCCGAAAAGUUUGGCUUGCCGUAUUUUGGCUUUAUCUUUUGCGUUCAGUAUGUUAAUUGUGAUCACAAGCUAUACAGCAAACUUAGCCGCUUUUCUUGUGGUAGAAGAGGAAAUACUACCACUAAAUGAUCUUGGAAUACGCGAUCUGAAGGUACAGAUGUUAGAUAGUUCUUUUAUGUGUAUGUUAAGGAGAUUUAAAAAAAAAGAAUGCCGAUUAGCAAGAAAUUAAAGUGUGCCAAUUAUCUGUGCUGCAAUUUGCAACUUUUUAUAUUCCGUAGUUACUUUUUGUGUUAUAUCCAGUGAAUCAGUCAGUUGAACGGCGCAUUAGUUUAUUAAAGCAUUGAUGGAUUCAAAGCAAAAAAGUAAAUCUUUCGUUAUUUGACUAUACUAAAUAAGAUGGAUCAAGCCUCCUAGCUUCUCAGAGGAGGUACUGGAAAAAGGCACGAGAUCAUCUGCGUUUCCUUCGCUCUGUAAAAACCUCUGAGAACUGACGAUCCAAGACUAAACUAAUGAGUUUUCGUUCAGAAAAGAAGCCAGACCAAAAUUAUAGCAAUUUGCAUAAUGUAUACGUGGCAAUCUGCAAAUAUUAACGUUUGACUUAAUAUAUUUUAGCUUCAGAAUCCACCUAGUGGUUUUCGUAUUGGAACUGCCCAAGACUCAAGUUUUGAAAGGUUUUUCCAAGCUACUGAUGAUCCCAUGAUGAGCAGAAUUUGGCAACAUAUGAAACACAACAGUGUAAAAGACUUUUCUGAAGCAAUAAAACAAAUGAAUGCCGGGUAAGUUUCUCCCUGCGUAUAUAGUGAACACUGCGAAUUUCACGAUCAUGCGCAGUAACGGUUAAUUUUCAAAAUUUAAAAAGCGAAUGUUUGAGCUGAAAACCACGUACUGGAAAGUUAGAUAGGAGCUACCUGCAAUAUAUUGCAAGAAAAGUGCUGCUUCGAAUUUGAUGGAACGAGCUAGGAAUGGGCCAUUUAUGUUGCUGAUAACGUAACGAAGAACAUUGCUUUCUCCAGGAAUGCCCGUAAUUGAUAAAACUUUGAAGAAAUGAACAAAAUGUUUUAUCUGUGUUGCUUUUUCAAGAAUACCAUUUAAUGCUAUUUUAUCUAAUUUUUGAUACCGCGUUCGCUAAAUCGGAAUUAGUGCAAUUAGCACAAAAUAUCCGAACAUCCGACAAACUGAAACAAAUCCAAGAUUCGCAAGAAUGUAUAGAUUGUGCUAAAUUUAUGCCAGACUGUUUUAUACGUCGAAUUUCGGUCGCGUCGAAUGCAAUUCAAACAAUAGAUAAUGAAGCUUAAUGAGGUUUAUAAUCUCAUUUUCUAUUGUUUGAAUUGCAUUCGACGCCACCACGAUUCAACGUAUAUAAAACAGGCCCUAGACUUGUACGAACCCACGCUAAAUAUAGUUGGCUACUUCGGUGCGAUCGACAGCAAUAAUUGCAAAGUUUGAAAGGAAUCGCGUAUAAAAAUCAGUCACAGUCAUGGAUGUCACAAACACCUAGGGGCCUACAACCGACAACUUUAAAAACUAUGAAUUAAACAUGCUUUUAUUCAGAGCAUGUUUUGUUUCAUAUUACAAACAAAGAAAGUUAUCAUUUGAAUUCGAAUUUAAUACUCGACUCUCCGGGCUUAACUUGUUUUUAACUUACGGCAUAACCACAUAUAACCACUAGAUCAUGCAGGUUUUCAUUAUAUAGCCUACGCCACAACCAGAGAGGUUAUAUAAGCAGUUUAAAAUGCUCUACACCAAAUGUUAGGUAGCUAUAGGCUUGAUGUCUCGUAUUUACCGACCCUUACAUGAAUGAAAUGCAGCUCACAUGUCCAUAUUUUAAUGUUUUAGGAAGCUUCAAGCCUUCGUGUCAGAUUAUCCGACACUUGAAAAUUUCGCUGCUAAAAGUCGAGACUGUUCGUUCAAAAUUGUUGGAAAGUCGUUCUUUCAGUCGGGAUUUGGUCUAGCCGUACGAAAGAAUUCGUCGCUCAGUACAAAGAUAUCUCAAGUGUUGAUUCAAUAUGAAGAUUAUGAUAUAUCGCGGACAUUGAGACAUCGAUGGUUCUUGGGACAGUGCAGUUCUAUAAACAAUGAUGAUGAAAAUGCGAUGUUUGCGAGAUUGUCUAUCGCUGAUUUGAGUGGAUUAUUUCUUGCAAUUUGUGUCGGAGUCAUUAUUUCGUUACUGUUCUUUAGUUUGGAAUAUUUUAAAAUUGCAUUCGUUAACUCAUCCUCGUACAUCUUUCGGCAAAAAUAA